AUGUUUCAGGAAGUGAAACGUUGGUGCCCUAAGUGGAAGCCGGACAUUAUAAAAUUGGAUUUUGAAGCCGCAGCCAUCAAUAGUUGCAUGUUAGAAUUUCCCAGUUCGACAAUUUCCGGUUGUAACUUUCAUUUUAAUCAGUGUUUGUGGCGUAAGAUACAAGAAAUGGGUGUAGUAAAGGAAUAUAAAGAGCACGAAGAUAUAAGAAAUGUCUGUAGAAUGAUUUCUGCAUUAACUUACUUGCCAAUUGAACACAUAGAUGAUGCUUGGAGCAUCGUAUGGGAAAAAGCCUUUAGCAUUGACAAACUUACCACAUUCAUUGAUUAUUUUGUCGAGCAGUGGAUGGACAAUCCAAAUAUACCCAUUAAAGUAUGGAAUGUAUAUGGACAGCGUCAUAGGACAAAUAAUUCUGUUGAAGGUUGGGAAAGAACAACACCAGUUUCAAUAUUUGAUGCGUCACAUUGGAGAAUAAAACGUUUCGUGAAAGCAGGACAAAAUAAAACUGGGUUUCCAGUUAAUUUGUCCUUGAGUUUGUCAAAUGCUUUCUGA